GAGUAGGUCUGUUUAUUCGCGACACACGACAGCGGUCAAAGUGCACGUUGUCUUUUAUAAAACUUGAAUACAUUCUGCCGUAUGAAACGCCGACUCGAUUCAUAAUGUAGCUGGCCUCCGCCGCGGUGGAUGCGAACUGUAUACAUCUGCCGACAUUAUCGGACUCUUAUUAUUAUGAAAAAUCGCGUGUGAUUAAUAACCUCCUGAAUCCUGAAAUCGCUGUAUUAAGCCGAUGACAUUGACGUUCGGUGAGCGGGAAUUUCGAGUGAAGUUUUGUAAAGAAUGUAAUUCCCCGCUGCUGAUUUAGUGUUCGUUCUCGGAGUUUGUAGAGUGAAAGUUGCUUGAGAUGCGGUUAUGGAGCGGCAGUAAUGUUGCCAACAGUUCUGCUCGCCCUUGUGUGAUUGGCAAGACAUUGUACUUAGUUUAAUAACACAAAAUAAAGCAUCAUGCCGUUCACAAUGAAAGAAGGCGGCUUCGGCACCGGCGACUACGUGGCGUUCGGGUUGUUGUGCGCGGCGUCGUGUGCCGGCGGCGUGUGGUACAGCGCGCUGGGCUCGCGGAAGCGGACGCUGGUGGACAUCAGGGACUAUCUACUGGGCGGCAAGGCCAUGAGCACGGCGCCGGUGGCUAUGUCACUUAUAGCCAGUUACGUGUCAGGAGUGACAAUUUUGGGCACACCGGCGGAGAUCUACAACUACGGCACGCAGUAUUGGCUGGUGAUCAUCGGCGUGACGCUCAGCUGCAUCAUAGUGGCGGCAGUCUAUCUGCCAGUGUUCUGCACGCUGAGACUAUCGUCGUCUUAUGAAUAUUUAGAGUUUCGAUUCAAUCGUCAUGUUCGCGCCGUAGCGUCACUCCUUUUCUUAUUGGACGAGGUAUUGUUCCUGCCUAUGGUCGUGUAUGUUCCUGCAUUAGCAUUUAAUCAAUUGACGGGGUUCAACGUGUUUUACGUGGGCGGCAUCAUGGUGGCCAUUUGUGGUAUUUAUACAGCAUUAGGCGGGUUAAGAGCAGUGGUCUGGACGGACUCGGUGCAGACCGGCGUGAUGUUUAUCGGCGUCAUUCUGGUGGCUGCGGCGGGCACCGUCGCCGUCGGUGGCUUCUUCUCCGUGCUGGACGUGGCGACACAGUCCGGCAGGGUGCAACUUUCCAAUUGGAGCUUUUCUCCGUACGAACGUCAGACGGGGUGGGGUGCCGUCUUCGGUGGCAUGAUCUACUGGACAUGCUUCAACUCCGUCAAUCAGACCAUGGUGCAGCGGUACAUUGCGCUGCCGUCCAAGCGACAGGCCAUCUAUGCUCUAGCCAUGUUCUGCUUCGGGGCUGUCCUGGCCAUCUCACUCUGCGUGUGGUGCGGGCUGGCGGCGUGGGCCGCGUGGGUGCAGGGCGGCUGCAACCCCGGCGGCGUGCCGCUGGUUGACGACCGCCUGCUGCCUGCUUUCGUCACCUACAUUAGCAAGUUGCAACACCUGCCGGGGCUUGCUGGGGUGUUCUUGGCGGGAGUUUUCGGUGCUGGUUUGAGCUCGCUGUCCGCGGUGCUAAACGCCUGCGCACUGGUGGCAGUAGAAGACAUAAUGCGCGGCUGGUUGCGCUGGCACUUGAAGCCCUUACACGAAGGCAUCAUCGCGCGGGUGGUGACCGUGGUGCUCGCCAUCAUAUCCCUCAUCAUGCUGAUGGUCAUUGAGAGGCUGGGCGGAGUGCUGGGUGUCGCAACCGCGCUAUCAGCAAUCGCUGCCAGCGCCACCUGUGGCAUCUUCACGCUCGGCAUGGCGUUCCCCUGGGUGGGACCCCGGGGCGCCAUCGCGGGCGCCAUUGCGGGCGCUAUCGUGGCCGGCACCACGUCCAUGGGCAUCCAGGCCGCCUCGGCGCAAGGCUUGAGGGCGCCGCCUCUCAACUUCACCAUGGAGUGUAUUAGGAAUUCGUCAUACGUGCCACCUGCUGAUAUUUUGGACCCAGAAACAAUAUUCCCAUUAUUCCGCAUCUCCUACCACUGGAUCGCGCCGCUCGGCCUUUUCACAACCCUGAUCGUCGGAUCCGUGAUGGGCUACCUGCUGGACAGCAAGUCGUCCAUCGUGAUGGAUAAGGAGCUGUUCACACCGGCGAUAUGGCGCUGCCUUCCAGCCGAGGCCCACGAGAGAGCCGGCGAGGUGCGGAGAGCCGCCAUGUUGGAUAAAGACGUGGAGCCGGCGCCGAACGCACCGCUUAUAUUGACUCCCAUAGGAGCUAAGGUUGAGAUGAACGGGGAGGCCAGCAGAUCGGGCAGAUGACUGUUUUGAAACAACUUGCAAGGUCUUAAUUACUUUCAAAACUUAUGACCAUAAUAUACUCUCCAUAUCUACUGAAUGUGGCAGAAACUAUGAGAAAUCAAUUGGUAGUUUGUGAUUGUGACGGACAUAUUACCAAGAAAAGAGUGAUUACUAUCUUUCUAUGGUGUUAACAGUUAGGUAAAACUCAGGAUCUUAUAGGUGUUAGUGGUAUUAGUAGUGGUGCAGGAUUGUAGAAUGUGCUGUACUGUUUUCAUCACCGCCAGUGUUUUGUUAAGAGGCCUACCGUGAACAUCGAAGUACAAUAGAAAGUGACAUAGAUUUUACUUGGAUUUGAUUUUUUUGCGGUAUCCGCCCAGGGACUUCCUUAUUGUUGAAUUUUAUUUCAUCCCGGACGUAUAACCUCGUGCCGCCCACCAUACAAAAUCUCGCACUGUACAUUGGGCGGCAUGAGAAUAAAAAUUGUUGUAUUAUCCUUUACUGACAAUUCCAGUGCAAAAUGAAAAUGAACAUUUCUUUAAUUUAUUUAUUUACCUACUUUAAUAGGAUAAAUGAGCUGAAAAAGUUAUAUUUAUAUUCUAUGAAAUUUUAUUUUACAAAUGUAGUAAAAUUUAUUUGGAUAUCAUCCCAGACAUAUUCUGAAUUUUAAUGUAGGUGUGUGCCUAUACAGGAUGUACAAAAAUAGUGGUAAUUCGUUCGAUAUCGUGUUGUGACUAGGAAAAAAAAAUGUUUUAUUUUGACGUGACAAAAAAAUCUAGGUGUCCAAGUCCGUCAACCCUCCAUACAAAGAGCAAAAAUGUUUCGCGUCAAAAAAUUGUUUCUUUUACUUUUUCCUUAUCAGAAAACGAUCCCGUAUGUGCCCUUAACCCUUUUCCAGGCAUAGGACGAUUUAUCGACCGCAUACGCGACAUUAGAAUUUUAACUUUAUCAUUCCGAUUUAAGGUUCAAAUUAGAUUACACUUUCAGGAAAUGUUACUUGUCUUCAAAUGAAUCAUCAAAGCUGGAUAAUUGGAAUAUAUUUGGAUUUUUUGGGAAAACCUUGUAGAUUGGUGCGGCCUGGAAAAGGGUUAAACGGAUCCAUCCCCUAUUUUUGUUACAUCCUGUAGAGUCGGAUAACUUUGCAUGCCAUCUGCAAUGACAAAGUGUGGCAACGUCAUCAUAAAUGUCAAAUUUCUAUGAAAUUAUGACGUUUAUAAUGAAACUACUCUACUUUGUUCUGUUCAAGUCGGUCAAUGUUAUCUGAGACGUAUUCUAGAUAUAAACGAAAGUGGUCUGAGAAUUUGGCAGUGAAAGAUAACUUUUUUUAUUAAGGCCGCGGACUGGACGCAUGCGAUGAGUUGAGCGGGGCUGUUGUCCAAAAUAGCCGCGCGCCGCGUACGUCCACUCCGCGGCCAAUAACAUGAACCUAGGCGCCGUCAUACAACCGAAGUUUCGCUCUAAUUCAAAAAUAAUUCUGAAAUGUCACAACGACUGGUCAUGAAAGAACAGUUUUAUGAGAGUAUGAAAGGAGUUAAAUACAUAAAAAACGCUCUAUUUUCUAUUUUUAUCAACAAAACUAGUACCAGACAUAAUCUAUGUUAUGUAAAUGUUCAUGUCAAGUUUCAUGUAAUUUGAGCAUGUAGUUUUAAAAAGAGAGCCUAACUUCGAUUUUAUGCGGGCAGUUUUUUUGGCGACGGCUUUAUACGACGCUUCAGAGGCUGUCAAUACCUAAAGCGCGCACACUGUCUAUUUGUAUCGGAGUAAAUGAGAUGGCACUGUCGCAUGUUACUGGGCCUGGGCAAGGGAAUAAUAAGAAAAACAUUUAAAUAAAAAAAAGUGGAUUAUUAGUGUAAUAUUUAACUCGACCAAGGUUUAGAUAUAAAUGUUUUGAAAUUGUGAUUUUAAUUGCAGACCCAUAAGUCAAAACAAUAAAGACAUAAAACCGUUUAAUUGUGAUUUUAAGACCAAUCUUUGCAAUUAUUUUCUAUCGAGCCGAUUUCGUUCAAUCGUGUAUCGAGUACGACCACGGUCUUUGAAAUAUAAUUAAUAUAAACAUAUAUUUUUCUUACUUGACUAAAAAAAAUAGUCUUUCUUAAAAAACUGUUUAAGUAACAUCAAUUUCAAGGACAUUGGGUGUUGACAGCCUCUUAACCCGCGGCAAAGGGUUAAAUUAUGUUUUUCAGGCGGUCACUUUUGCUUGUGUAAGACCUCAAGCACAGUUGUUAUUUUAGACAAAGUUAUUGUAUUGAAUUGUGUGCAUUGCAAAUGUACUUAUUACUCACUAAAGACCUUAUUUUAUGUCAUAUACCUAGGAAUACUAAAUUGCUUAAAGUACCUAGUGCUAAGUAUUGUGCAUCACUUUAGAAGUUAAGUAUGCGUCUACAUUACUUUGUACUACUUUACGCGACUUCCAGACCAAUUCGAAUAUACACUGAUAUUGGAAUGACAUUUAACUGAUUCAGUUGUCGUGCAUUUCGUUCGUACUUGUCUGUUCAUGUACGUAUUGGAGCGAGCGAGACGCACGAUAUCAGAAUAACAUGUUAUAUUCAAUUUCAAAUAUCAUUCUGAUCUCAGUGUAUGUUCAAAUUGGCCUGUUAGUCUCUGGCCUAUACUUUAGUUAGAGAUGUAACAUAGGUACUAAUUCUUGUAUUAAUACACGUAAUGAACGGGGCCAAUGUAAAUAUAAGUUAUUGAAUGAUUUUAUUGUGUAAUGGUCUGCAUUGGGUCUGAAGUUAUAAAAAUUUGAAUGAAAUAAAGUGAUAAUAUUUUAUAGUUCCUAGUGUUAUAAUUUAUACAAAAAAUAAUCACUAAAAUAUUAGGUAAGUAGGUAAAUAAUUGAAUACUUUUCAACAUAGAACAUUAGAAUGGAUGUUUUCAGCCAUUAUGAUAGUCGAGCGGCGUUCAGAUUAGGUAUAACAUCUUUAAUAUCACAUAAAGGGAUUUUUGAUUAAUACAUGUUAUGAAUAUCUGACUCUGAGCAUAGCUUAUACUUAAUCUGUCAUGACUUUAAUAAAACCAUUUUAUUCGAGUGAUGGGGCCACCUUGUCUGACUUCUCCGUUGAUUUACCUUUUUCUAUUAAUUUAAUUUAAUUAAUAAACACGAUUAAACAAAGACCUAAUUAAAUUACUGACUUUGUAUACCAAUAAUAUAGACAAAAGCGUCCCGUUUUUACUAAUUUGGACACUAUAAAUAAUAAUAUUUUAUUUAAGGUGUUAUGUUAAGCUUUCUCAUUUUCUUUAUAUUACUUUACUGGUGCAUCUAAAAUUACGUUAUUUAAGAUUAAGUACCUAACUUUGUGUCUCAUUUGAUUAUCCGGAAAUUGUAUAGGUAAACAGGACUCACUGAAAUAAAACAAUUUUCACAAAUACUCAGGACCCUUCUGCAAGAAAUGAUUAAUAAUAAUAUACCUAUUCAAUAUUGAUAUAAUUACGUAUUUCUUUUUUUUAGAUUAAUAACAAGAGAAGAAACAUCUUAAGUUUUUCUUUAUGUUAUUAAGUAGUUCUCAUUAAGCAGUAAAUAUUGCAAAAGCAUAAUCUAUUAAACUCCACUGAGAUAUUUAGUAUUUUAGUAAGUAUACAUUUAAUUAUUUUUAGGGUUUUAGGUACUUACUUAUCACAUUCUUCGUAACAGUAUUCUUUAGUAUUUUUCAAAUGGCUGCAACUUAAAUUUUGUUAAACAUAAUGCACAAAUCAUAAACCUCUUUGUCAUUUUACUGUUUAUUAUUGUUCCCGAUUAUAAUUCGUGUCUUUUCCGAUGACGUGCAGUUAUGUCAAAUCUAAUCUUUAAUAACAUGACAAUAGGAGUGAAGGCAUGCGUCGUCGUGCAUGACACGAUCUUUAAUGUACUUCACAAUGUUUACUUUAUUUUACUUACACUUCAGAGGUGUUUCAUGUAACACCUCUGAAGUUGCAGGCUUCCAUAGGCUACGGUGUCUGAUUACCAUCAGGAGGGCCGUAUGCUUGCCACCGGCGGGGUAUAUAAAAAACUUAGUACUUGAAUUGUAUUUAUUUAGAAGUUAAAAUCAAUUGGCAUUAAGUUACAUUUGGCAUGGAGGCACCAAAAUAAUGUUAAACAUCGCUUCCAGAACUGGGUUCUGGGCAUUUUGUGCACAUUUCCCAGUGCUGAUAAAUAUAAAUUUUAAGUUUUUAAAGUUAAAAGUGACGUGUGUAUUCGGAACCUAAUAUAAUUCACUCAGCAAGAUGACUUUUUAUUUACAUUACAUAUUUCAAGGACCAAGUACCUGAUUGCGAUGUUGAAAGUGUAUUUUUGUAACGAUGUUUAGAAUGUAAAAUAACAAUAUAUGUAAAAUACCAUUAUAGAUUGAAAAAUACAUUUAUAUGUAAAGCUGC